AUGAAGAUGUGGUGGCUACUCCUCCUUGGGGCGGCCGCAAGCAGAUGUCUGCAUGAGGAAACCCAGAAGUCUGUGCGCCUUCUUAGGCCUCCUUUCCCCCAGAUGUCCACACACUUCCGCUCCUCAAUCCUUCCUCUCCCUGGCUCCCCUGAGCCUCAACCCCUUAGAAUCCAAACGCACUAUACAAGAGGUCCUGUACCCAGUGAGGCUCGGGAUCUUGACGGGGAAGCUCGAGCCCUGGCUGCAGUGAAAGAGACCACUCGAAGGAUUCAGGGGAUCCUAGCAGUUCUUCCGGUACGAGGACCUCUGCUUCUGAGCCGAGACCCUGCACAAUACUGCCAUGCUGUCUGGGGAGACCCCGAUACCCCAAACUACCAUAGGUGCAGCCUCUUGAACCCAGGGUACAAAGGAGAGAGUUGCCUCGGAGUAAAGAUACCUGAUGCCCACCUGCGUGGUUAUUCCUUGUGGCCAGAGCAUGGUCUGCCCCAACUAAUCCAGCCAGAUGGCCCUGGCGUCCAAAACGCUGAUUUUCUCCUGUAUGUGCGGGUUGCCCAUACUUCCAGAUGUCACAGAGAGCCCUCUGUCAUAGCCUAUGCUGCCUGCUGCCAGCUGGACUCAGAAGACAGGCCCCUCGCUGGUACCAUUGUCUACUGUGCCCAACAUCUCAGCAGCCCGAACCUCGGCCACGACGAUAUUGUCAUGGCUACAUUGCAUGAACUGCUGCACGCUCUGGGUUUUUCUGGACAGCUCUUCAAGAUGUGGCGAGACUGUCCCUCAGGACUCAGUGCUAGAGAGAAUUGUUCUACAAGAAAACAGGUGACCAGACGCGAUGAACGGGGACAACUGCUUCUCACCACUCCAGCUGUCAGCCGCAGCCUAGCCAAACACUUGGGGGUGCCUGGGACUUCGCUGGGAGUUCCUUUGGAAGAAGAGGGCUCUUCACACUGGGAGUCCAGAUUACUUCAGGGCUCUAUAAUGACCGCUGCCUUCGAUGGUGCCCAGCACACUCGACUUGACCCAAUAACCCUUGCUGCCUUCGAAGAUUCAGGCUGGUAUCAGGUCAACCACAGUGCGGCAGAGGAACUUGUGUGGGGCCAGGGCUCCGGCCCAGACUUUGGUCUGGUGAGCACAUGCAGGAAUGGAUCCUCAGACUUCUUCUGCACCGGCAGUGGGCUGGGCUGUCACUACCUGCACCUGGACAAAGGAAGGUGUUCCUCCGACCCAAUGCUAGAAGGCUGCCGCAUGUACAAACCCUCAGCCAAUGGGAGUGAAUGCUGGAAGGAGGAGAGUGGACUCCACACCAGAGCGGAAAACCCCCGCGGGGAGAUCUACCAUAUGCACAGCCGCUGCUUCCUUGCCAACCUUACCUCCCAAGUGCUCUCCAAAGACAAGACCAGCCAAUCCUCGGCAGCACCACUCUACCUGGAGGAAGGUCCCACGGGCUGUUGUUAUUUACAUCAAUGCACCCACAAGGGAGCCUACGAGGUUCAAGUGGAGGGAUCACCGUGGAUCCCCUGCCUUCCGGGGAAGGCUGUUCAGAUACCUGGGUACCAUGGCCUUCUCUACUGUCCCCAAGGCCGGCUGUGUCUGAGUGAAGGUGUCAGUGUUGCCACUUCUCAACCGAUGAGCUUUACAACCCAAGACCUGGUAUUCCAGCUGUCUCUAAGACUAACAGGGACCCUGGGCCGCUCUCUGGGGAAGGGACAGAGAGAAGAGCUUGCUGAGGUAGUUCUGGAGGCUCUGGUGACAAGAGCUGGCACUAGCAGGUGUUAUUUCUACAGCCCAUCCAUCACCACGAGCUUGGUAUUCACUGUGAGUAUGUGGAAGCCUUCUGGCUGCCAAGGGCCGUCCACUGCUAUGCUACAUAGGACCCUGACCCUGAUUCUUCAAAAGAAACCCCUCCAAGUAUACCACGGAGAAGCCAUCUUUACCACAGAAUAUAGCAAGCUGCAGACUUCCUUGGACCAUAGCUCCUCUGUGGCUGAGCUACUUCUGUACACUGGCUUCUGUCUGCUGUUGCUAAUUCUGCUGGGUGCACUGGGAACUCUGGCUUAUCAGAAACGAGCUAGGCUCCAAGUGGAACCAUCUACCACUUAACCAUCACAGGAACUGUAUGGUACAAGAGAUCAGGUUAAAGCAGAUGUGAUGCCACUUGGAACGUAACUGCCAAAUG